CCUGACUGAAACCGUAAGACAGUUCCGGCUGUUUGAGGGCAAAGUUCCUUGGGAUUUAUCAAGGCGAGCCAUCAAGAAAAUGAGUUCGUCCCCUGAAGCAUUCCAUGUUUUGAGAACGGCCAUGAUCACCUCGCAUGCAGUGAUUUGUGUUUGCCAGUACCUGCUGGGGAUUGGGGACAGGCACUUGUCCAAUUUUAUGGUCAAUCUCAAGACUGGACACUUGGUUGGGAUUGAUUUUGGCCAUGCUUUUGGCACAGCAACACAG